GGCUGAUUCGAAGGGAAAAGUAGUUCCCGGAGGGUGUUGGAACGGGCGGGGAGGGAGGCGGUGCGGACGGAGGCGCACGCCGGGCGCGGUGCUGCGGCUCAGCUGAUAACUGAAGGGACCCGAGGAGCCGCCGCCGCCGCCGCCGGGGGGGGUGGGGGGAGCGAGUGGAAGUUACUGCCGCGCCACCGAGUCCGGACCGGAGACUUUGGGGCCCAACUAGUGAAUGGUAGUGUCUAGAAAGGGUAUGUCCCUUCAAGAGAGAGGUGCCAAUGUCCAACCGGCCUAAUAACAAUCCAGGGGGGUCACUGCGACGUUCACAGAGGAACACUGCCGGGGCCCAACCACAAGACGACUCGACAGGAGGAAGGUCACAUUUAGGGCAGGCAAAACAUAAGGGAUAUAGCCCUCCUGAGAGUAGAAAAUCUAAUUCUAAGGCACCCAAAGUGCAGUCUAAUACUACUUCUGAACUGUCAAGGGGACACCUUUCUAAAAGAAGCUGCAGUUCAUCAUCUGCUGUCAUAGUCCCACAACCAGAGGAUCCAGACAGAGCCAAUACUUCAGAAAGGCAGAAAACGGGGCAGGUGCCUAAGAAAGACAGUUCUCGAGGAGUGAAACGCAGUGCUAGUCCAGACUACAACAGGACCAAUUCUCCUAACUCUGCAAAAAAACCCAAAGCACUUCAGCAUACUGAAUCUCCCUCAGAAACAAGUAAGCCACACAGUCAGUCAAAGAAGAGACAUUUAGACCAGGAGCAACAACUGAAAUCUGCACAGUCUCCAUCAACAAGCAAGGCUCAUACCAGGAAGAGUGGGGCCACUACUAGUUCACGGAGCCAGAAAAGAAAGAGGACAGAGAGUUCUUGUAUAAAGAGUGGUUCUGUGUCGGAAGCAACUGGUGCCGAAGAGAGAUCUGCAAAACCUACCAAGCUGGCUUCAAAAUCAGCCGCCUCAGCCAAAGCUGGGUGUAGCACCAUCACCGAUUCUUCUUCUGCUGCCUCUACUUCCUCCUCGUCUUCUGCUGUAGCCUCGGCCUCCUCUACUGUUCCACCAGGUGCCAGGGUGAAACAAGGAAAAGACCAGAACAAGGCCAGACGUUCCCGUUCAGCAUCCAGUCCCAGUCCAAGAAGAAGUAGCAGGGAAAAGGAACAGAGUAAAACUGGUGGCUCUUCAAAAUUUGAUUGGGCUGCUCGUUUCAGCCCUAAAGUUAGCCUUCCUAAAACAAAACUGUCUCUUCCAGGGUCUUCUAAGUCAGAGACAUCAAAACCUGGACCUUCUGGAUUACAGGCCAAAUUAGCAAGUUUAAGGAAAUCUACUAAGAAGCGCAGCGAAUCCCCACCUGCUGAGCUCCCCAGUUUGAGGCGGAGCACACGCCAAAAGACCACGGGCUCCUGUGCUAGUGCCAGUCGGCGAGGCUCUGGCCUGGGCAAAAGAGGAGCAGCUGAAGCUCGUCGACAGGAGAAGAUGGCAGACCCUGAAGGCAACCAGGAGACAGUGAAUUCUUCAGCUGCACGGACGGACGAAACUCCCCAAGGAGCGGCAGCCUCUAGUUCUGUUGCAGGGGCUGUGGGCAUGACCACUUCUGGGGAGAGUGAAUCGGAUGAUUCCGAGAUGGGACGAUUGCAAGCUCUGUUAGAGGCCAGGGGUCUUCCUCCGCACCUGUUUGGUCCUCUUGGUCCUCGGAUGUCACAACUUUUCCAUAGAACAAUUGGAAGCGGAGCUAGUUCUAAGGCCCAGCAGCUUCUGCAAGGACUACAAGCAAGCGACGAAAGCCAGCAACUCCAGGCAGUUAUUGAGAUGUGUCAAUUAUUGGUCAUGGGAAAUGAGGAGACACUGGGAGGGUUUCCUGUCAAGAGUGUUGUUCCAGCUUUGAUAACAUUACUGCAGAUGGAGCAUAAUUUUGAUAUUAUGAACCACGCUUGUCGAGCCUUAACAUACAUGAUGGAAGCACUUCCUCGAUCAUCUGCUGUUGUAGUAGAUGCAAUUCCUGUCUUUUUAGAAAAGCUGCAAGUUAUUCAGUGUAUUGAUGUGGCAGAGCAGGCCUUGACAGCCUUGGAGAUGUUAUCACGUAGGCACAGUAAAGCCAUUCUACAGGCAGGUGGUUUGGCAGACUGCUUGCUGUAUCUAGAGUUCUUCAGCAUCAAUGCCCAACGGAAUGCACUAGCAAUUGCAGCCAAUUGCUGCCAGAGUAUCACGCCAGAUGAAUUUCAUUUUGUGGCAGAUUCCCUCCCACUGCUAACCCAAAGGCUAACCCACCAGGACAAAAAGUCAGUAGAAAGCACUUGCCUUUGUUUUGCACGUCUAGUGGACAACUUCCAACAUGAGGAGAAUUUACUCCAGCAGGUUGCCUCCAAAGAUCUGCUAACAAAUGUUCAACAACUAUUGGUUGUAACUCCACCAAUUCUAAGUUCUGGGAUGUUUAUAAUGGUGGUUCGCAUGUUUUCUUUGAUGUGUUCCAACUGUCCAACUUUAGCUGUUCAACUUAUGAAGCAAAACAUUGCAGAAACACUGCACUUCCUCCUGUGUGGUGCCUCCAAUGGAAGUUGUCAGGAACAGAUUGAUCUUGUUCCACGAAGUCCUCAAGAACUGUAUGAACUGACAUCUCUGAUCUGUGAACUUAUGCCAUGUUUACCAAAAGAAGGCAUUUUUGCAGUUGAUACCAUGCUGAAGAAGGGAAAUGCACAGAACACGGAUGGUGCGAUAUGGCAGUGGCGUGAUGACCGGGGCCUUUGGCAUCCCUAUAACAGGAUUGACAGCCGGAUCAUCGAGGUAGCAGCCCAUCAGGUCGGUGAGGAUGAGAUAAGCUUGUCCACUCUGGGACGAGUUUAUACUAUUGAUUUUAAUUCUAUGCAGCAAAUCAAUGAGGACACGGGAACAGCACGUGCCAUUCAGAGAAAACCUAACCCCUUAGCCAAUACUAACAGUAGUGGAUAUUCAGAGUUAAAGAAGGAUGAUGCUCGAGCACAGCUUAUGAAAGAGGAUCCGGAACUGGCUAAGUCUUUUAUUAAGACAUUAUUUGGUGUUCUUUAUGAAGUGUAUAGUUCCUCAGCAGGACCUGCAGUCAGACAUAAGUGCCUUAGAGCAAUUCUUAGGAUAAUUUAUUUCGCGGAUGCCGAACUUCUAAAGGAUGUCCUGAAAAAUCAUGCUGUUUCAAGUCAUAUUGCUUCCAUGCUAUCAAGCCAAGACCUGAAGAUAGUAGUUGGAGCACUUCAGAUGGCAGAGAUCUUAAUGCAGAAGUUACCUGAUAUUUUUAGUGUUUAUUUCAGAAGAGAAGGUGUAAUGCAUCAAGUAAAACACUUAGCAGAAUCGGAAUCAUUGUUGACAAGUCCACCGAAGGCAUGUACGAAUGGGUCAGGAUCCUUGGGGUCCACGACGUCUGUCAGCAGUGGAACAGCCACGGCUGCCACUAACGCCUCAGCUGACUUGGGGUCCCCCAGCUUGCAGCACAGCAGAGAUGAUUCUUUAGAUCUGAGCCCUCAAGGUCGAUUAAGUGAUGUUCUCAAGAGAAAACGACUGCCAAAACGAGGAUCAAGAAGGCCAAAGUAUUCACCUCCAAGAGAUGAUGACAAAGUAGACAAUCAAGCUAAAAGCCCCACCACUACUCAGUCACCUAAAUCUUCUUUCCUGGCAAGCUUGAAUCCAAAAACGUGGGGAAGGUUAAGCGCACAGUCUCACAGCAACAACAUUGAACCGGCCCGAGCUGCGGGAGUUAGCGGUCUUGCCAGGGCCGCCUCAAAGGACACCAUAUCCAAUAACAGAGAAAAAAUCAAAGGUUGGAUUAAAGAGCAGGCGCAUAAAUUUGUAGAGCGUUAUUUCAGUUCUGAGAACAUGGAUGGAAGCAACCCUGCAUUGAAUGUCCUUCAGAGACUUUGUGCUGCAACCGAACAACUCAACCUCCAGGUGGAUGGUGGAGCUGAGUGCCUUGUAGAAAUCCGUAGCAUAGUCUCAGAGUCAGAUGUUUCAUCAUUUGAAAUCCAACAUAGUGGAUUUGUGAAGCAGCUGUUGCUUUAUUUGACAUCUAAAAGCGAAAAGGAUGCUGUGAGCAGAGAGAUCAGAUUAAAGAGAUUCCUUCAUGUAUUUUUUUCUUCUCCGCUUCCUGGAGAGGAGCCCCUUGGAAGAGUAGAGCCAGUGGGUAAUGCACCUUUGUUGGCAUUAGUUCACAAGAUGAACAACUGCCUCAGCCAGAUGGAACAAUUUCCAGUCAAAGUGCAUGACUUCCCGAGUGGAAAUGGCACAGGAGGCAGAGGAUCACAGGCUUUAAAAUUUUUCAACACACAUCAGUUAAAAUGCCAGUUACAAAGACAUCCAGACUGUGCAAAUGUGAAGCAGUGGAAGGGUGGACCUGUCAAGAUUGACCCUCUGGCUUUGGUGCAAGCUAUCGAGAGAUACCUUGUAGUUAGAGGGUAUGGAAGAGUAAGAGAAGAUGAUGAAGACAGUGACGAUGAUGGCUCUGAUGAGGAAAUAGACGAGUCUCUGGCUGCUCAAUUCUUAAAUUCAGGAAAUGUACGACACAGGCUACAGUUUUACAUCGGAGAACAUUUGCUACCAUAUAACAUGACUGUGUAUCAGGCAGUACGGCAGUUCAGUAUACAGGCCGAAGAUGAACGGGAAUCCACGGAUGAUGAGAGCAAUCCUCUAGGAAGAGCUGGUAUUUGGACGAAAACUCAUACAAUAUGGUACAAACCCGUGAGAGAGGAUGAAGAAAGCAAUAAAGAUUGUGUUGGUGGUAAAAGAGGAAGAGCCCAAACAGCUCCAACAAAAACUUCCCCUAGAAACGCAAAAAAGCACGAUGAGCUGUGGAACGAUGGAGUGUGCCCGUCAGUAUCAAAUCCUUUAGAAGUUUACCUCAUACCCACACCACCUGAAAAUAUAACUUUUGAAGACCCUUCGUUAGAUGUGAUUCUUCUUUUAAGAGUUUUACAUGCCAUCAGUCGAUACUGGUAUUACUUGUAUGAUAACGCAGUGUGCAAGGAGAUUAUCCCAACUAGUGAAUUUAUUAACAGUAAGUUGACAGCAAAAGCAAAUAGGCAGCUUCAGGAUCCUUUAGUAAUCAUGACGGGAAACAUCCCAACAUGGCUUACUGAACUAGGAAAAACCUGCCCGUUUUUCUUCCCUUUUGAUACCCGGCAAAUGCUUUUUUAUGUAACUGCAUUUGAUCGGGACCGAGCAAUGCAAAGAUUACUUGAUACCAACCCAGAAAUCAACCAGUCUGAUUCUCAAGAUAGCAGAGUUGCACCUAGAUUGGAUAGAAAAAAACGUACUGUGAACAGAGAGGAGCUGCUGAAACAAGCAGAGUCUGUGAUGCAGGAUCUCGGCAGCUCACGGGCCAUGUUAGAAAUUCAGUAUGAAAAUGAGGUUGGCACAGGUCUGGGGCCUACACUGGAGUUUUAUGCACUUGUAUCUCAGGAACUACAGAGAGCUGACUUGGGUCUCUGGAGAGGGGAAGAAGUAACUCUUAGCAAUCCAAAAGGAAGCCAAGAAGGGACCAAGUAUAUUCAAAACCUCCAAGGCCUGUUUGCGCUUCCCUUUGGUAGGACAGCUAAGCCAGCUCAUAUCGCAAAAGUUAAGAUGAAGUUUCGCUUCUUAGGAAAAUUAAUGGCCAAGGCUAUCAUGGAUUUCAGAUUGGUGGACCUUCCCCUGGGCUUACCUUUUUAUAAAUGGAUGCUACGGCAAGAAACUUCGCUGACGUCACACGAUUUGUUUGACAUUGACCCAGUUGUAGCCAGAUCAGUGUAUCACCUAGAAGACAUUGUCAGACAGAAGAAAAGACUUGAACAAGAUAAAUCCCAGACCAAAGAGAGUCUACAGUAUGCAUUAGAAACCCUGACUAUGAAUGGCUGCUCAGUUGAAGAUCUAGGAUUGGAUUUCACUCUGCCAGGGUUUCCCAACAUCGAACUGAAGAAAGGAGGAAAGGAUAUACCGGUCACCAUCCACAAUUUGGAGGAGUAUCUAAGACUGGUUAUAUUCUGGGCACUAAAUGAAGGCGUUUCCAGGCAGUUUGAUUCAUUCAGAGAUGGAUUUGAAUCAGUCUUCCCACUCAGUCACCUUCAGUACUUCUAUCCUGAAGAACUGGAUCAGCUCCUGUGUGGCAGUAAAGCAGACACUUGGGAUGCAAAGACACUGAUGGAAUGCUGCAGGCCAGAUCACGGUUAUACUCAUGACAGUCGGGCUGUGAAGUUCUUGUUUGAGAUUCUCAGUAGUUUUGAUAAUGAGCAGCAGAGGUUAUUUCUCCAGUUUGUGACAGGUAGCCCAAGAUUGCCUGUUGGAGGCUUCCGGAGCUUGAAUCCACCUUUGACAAUUGUCCGGAAGACCUUCGAAUCCACAGAGAACCCGGAUGACUUCCUUCCCUCCGUAAUGACCUGUGUGAACUAUCUUAAGUUGCCGGACUACUCGAGCAUCGAGAUCAUGCGAGGAAAGCUGUUGAUGGCAGCGAGGGAGGGGCAACAGUCGUUCCAUCUCUCCUGAUCCCAGCGAGAAGCGCAGUGUCUGCCUGUCACAGCGAAAGAGAUACACCGCGAUUUCUCUUCUAAAUGUAUCACCUGAGUCAAGGAAACGUGUUACGCCUUCUUGUUGUAGGAAAACGGCUUGCAGAUUAUCAAAGAGACACUUGGUUCCUAUUCAUUAAUGGCCCCGUGGACUUAAAGUGAUCAGGCCCUAAAACGUUGUUGUGAUGAGGUUUCUUUAGCAAGUUCUUGUUUAAAUUAUCAUUUAUUUGACGAGUGAAGUUUUUAACUUGCUUUGCUGUGUGAAAUUUAAAAAAGGGAUGUUUUUCCAGGCUGAAACAAUAAAUGUCGCUGUGCAGUUUAA